AUGUCACGGAACGAAACACCUGCUCUAGACGAGCUUAUCCUGUCUAACGACAUAGUCAAACUGCUCGGUGCAGAUAACCAGCGCUUGAAACGCGAGCUUCGAGAAGCUCAGCAAAAAGCGAGUAAUGCCGAGGCGAAACUGAGUUUCGCACUCGCAAAGAACGAGUCCAAGGAUACGUCUGAGGAGCUUGCUGCUGCUGAUCGAGUGCGCCAAGUACUUCAGGAAAAGGAGGAACUUGAGUCGAGAUACGAGAGGGAGAAGGAGGUCCACGAGGCACAUUUUCAAGAGUGGAAGUCUAAGUACAAGAAGGAGAAAGAGGAGCGAAAUACCCUUAAGUCGCAACUUGACGCGUGCAUAUCGAAUAGGAUACGCUUUAGCAUUGAAGAGCAUCCUGAAUUCCCAGAACUACAACGUCGUCAAGCACAGACACAGGCUGAGCUAGCUGAGGCGAACUCGAAAGUACAAGGCCUACUUCAACAAGUCGAACAGAUGACGAGAGAUAAGCACGUAGUCAGGAGGAUUCCAGAUGCUCCUAAACUGAGUGAAGUUUGGGCGUUCAUAAUGAGCAUCCAGAAUCGACCAGCGUCCAUGGACAUCACGAUUCCCAUACCAGUCAUGAAGGACGAUAGUGAACAGUAUGAGACAGUGAACGAGCUUAUAAGCCAAUUAAAACGCAGAAAAAUCGUGCAAAAUCCAGUUUUUGAACUAGAAGAGACUGUCUCGUGGUUCAUGGAUCAUCGAGGCAUUGGGAUUGCCCUUUACCCGUUUUAUAAAUAUACGCCGGACGAUUCGUCGUGCAUGUGGACGAAAACUACAGAAUGGGACAAAUUUGGGACCUUUGAACUUCUUCGAGAAAGACACGGUUUCUGGUAUUAUUAUGGAACCUAUACCUCAUGGAAAUUUGUGUGUUGCAAUGACAAUACCUUUUUUACGUUCCUGCCACCUGUGUACCAAAUGGUUCUGCUAGAUAAAACCUUGGAGGGACUAGACGAAGUAUCUCCACGUACCUUCAAGGAGAUUAGCGACUCCUAUGCACUGGGCACUUUGCCUGUACUCUGCAUCGGACUGGAACGGAUUGGGUUCAACCAACAGCUCUGUGCAGCGCUUUGUGAACACGGGAAACUCGUUGAUCCUCCGCUAUACUCGUCUGGAAUUUGUCCAGAGACAACUACGUCACGAAGGACCGCAAGUAUCCAUUCAGAGGCAGCUCGAGCGGUGAAAAGGCCUCGAGUAGAGUCCCCAGAAUCGUCGGACUCCUCCGACGAUUGA